AUGGCGCGAGUCUCAGAUCUCAUUCGAGAUUCCAAGCUCGAAACACACUUUCUCCCAGACCACACAGUGGAGACAGUUCAUACCUUCCAAGAAUCGGACCCGCAGUCUAGGCGGCGCCUGGUGACGAGAACCGAGCAUUGGCGGCGAGAGAGAUCUCCAAUCGGACAAGGUGGCUUUGGAAGCGUUUGGCUGGAGAGGCGCACAAAAGGGGGGCCGUCAGGAGCUACAGUUCAAGAAGGGGCAGUUCGAGCAGUCAAGCAGAUCAACAUGAAUAGCCAACAUGGGUCAAUCGACUUAGACCGCGAGUUAGAGGCGAUCGCCAAGUUCUCGCACCCUCGCUACGAACGAUGUUUUGUCAAAUCAUUCGGAUGGUAUAACGAAGGACCCGCAAAGCUAAAGCUUUUCAUCGCAAUGGAGUACCUGGAACUUGGCGACCUUUCUACGUAUCUAAAUCACCGGCCGCCACUUCCCGAGUUUGAAGCGAGAAUUCUGGCCGAUCAAAUUCUUGAUGGUCUGUGUAUGAUGCAUGAAAACAAGUUUGCCCAUCGGGACUUGAAACCGCAAAACAUCCUUAUACGAUCACAUCCCCCUGAUGAAUGGUGGAUCAAGCUUGCAGACUUCGGUAUCACGAAACGUAUCGAAGAAGAUCACGGACAAGUCUCAACGGUAAAGGGUACCCCGAAAUAUUGUGCCCCUGAGAUCUGGGGGUUCAUCGAACGAGGCACUGCAUAUGCCUUGGAUAUGUGGGCUCUGGGUGAGAUCGUGUUCGAAAUGCUCACCAAGAAACCGACAUUCGCAAAUCCGGGAAUACUGGCAAACUACCUAAAAGAGCAGAACUUUCCAGUCUCCCUGCUUACCAAUGUUGGUGUCAACCAGUCAUGCAUUGAUUUUGUGCUCUCCCUCAUGCAACCUCAUCCAGAGGAUCGCAUCACGGCUUCAUCUGCCAUGUCAAGUGUGUGGAUACAGUCAUCUAUACUAUACCCCACCACGUCCAGGAUGGCAGCUUCUUCGGAAAUUGAGCCACAUGUGCCCAAUUCGGCGGUAAUUCUUACUGAAGAGUUUGCUUCAUGGAGCACAAGUCCCUUGUCAAUCAUAAAUCAAGGUCAAGUUGAUACUCAGGAGCCUUACCCUGCUAUUCUCACAGCUCAAUUUUCCGCCGGUUACGCUCUUUGUCAACAGGAUCAAUAUAAAGAAGCAGAACCUCUAUUCCGACAGGCUCUUGAGGGACGAGAGAAAGUGCUAGGCCUAGAUCACAAGGAUACCCUCUUCUCUAUCUACUGGCUUGGUCGCUGCCUCUAUCAACAGGGUCAAUAUGAAGAAGCAGAACCUCUAUUCCGACAGGCUCUUGAGGGACGAGAGAAAGUGCUAGGCCUAGAUCACAAGGAUACCCUCUCCUCUAUCCACGAUUUUGGUCUCUGUCUCUUUGAGCAGGAUAAAAAUGAAGAAGCAGAAUCUCUAUUUCGACGGGCUCUUGAAGGACGAGAGAAAGUGCUAGGCCUAGAUCACAAGGAUACCCUCUUCUCUAUCUACUGUCUUGGUUGCUGCCUCUAUCAACAGGGUCAAUAUAAAGAAGCAGAAUCUCUAUUUCGACGGGCUCUUGAGGGACGAGAGAAAGUGCUACGCCUAGAUCACAAGGAUACCCUCUUCUCUAUCUGCUGGCUUGGUCACUGUCUCUUUGAGCAGGGUCAAUAUCAAGAAGCAGAACCUCUAUUCCGACAGGCUCUUGAGGGACGAGAGAAAGUGCUAGGCCUAGAUCAUGAAGAUACUCUCCCCUCUAUCUACUGGCUUAGUCUCUGUCUCUUUAAGCAGGGUCAAUAUCAAGAAGCAGAACCUCUAUUCCGACAGGCUCUUAAGAGACGAGAGAAAGUGCUAGGCCUAGAUCAUGAAGAUACUCUCCUCUCUAUCUACUGGCUUAGUCUCUGUCUCUUUGAGCAGGGUCAAUAUCAAGAAGCAGAACCUCUAUUCCGACAGGCUCUUGAGGGACGAGAGAAAGUGCUAGGCCUAGAUCACAAGGAUACCCUCUUCUCUAUCUGCUGGCUUGGUCGCUGUCUCUAUCAACAGGAUAAAUAUGAAGAAGCAGAAUCUCUAUUCCGACGGCUCUAG